AUUGCUCUCAGCCAUUCCCUUCAUGACCUGAAGAAGAACAGAGAGAGAACUGGAUCGUGGCGCUUGUGAUGGAUCUUGGUGACAAGCUGUAGGAGAAUCUAUACGUAAAACACUUGACAAAAGGGAUAUAAGUGCAAAUUUUUUUAAAGGAUAACUCAAACCAGGGGAUACAAUAUCAGUCCAGGGAAGAUGAGGUCCAAAAGCAAUGGGGUGGAAAGCCAAAACGACGGAGUCCUUGGUGUUCCACCAGGUGAUCAUGACAUAAAUGAAGAAAAGGACGUGGGUCUGCCUGUGAAGACCCUAAAGGCCAAAGUUCAGCAGAAGGAAGGUGAGGACGAGGUUGAAGUGAUCUCUGAUAAAGAGAAGCUGCUGUUGGAUUCCACAGAGACUGGAGACAAAACAGGAAUCAUCACAGAUCUGUCUAAACAGGAUCUGCUGAAACUGCUGGGAAUCAUGGAGGGUGAAGUUCAGGCCAGGGAAGAUGUAAUCUUCAUGCUAAAAUCCCAACAAACUAGUCCAGAAACCCUUGAGUCACAGUACGGAUGUGCCGUACCUGCCUCAGCCCUCAAAGCACUACAGAGGGACAGCUUCAUCACCGGCACAAAGCCGGAUAAUCACAGUGUCUAUCAAAAGCCAAUGGUUGAGCUGAAACGUCUGCAGGAGAAGCACAAGGACACAAACCGGCGGAUGCUGGGUCAACUGCUGCUGGCUGAAAAGUGUCACCGCCGCACUGUCCAUGAGCUGGAAAUAGAGAAACACAAACAUGUUGACUACAUGAAUAAGAGCGAUGACUUCACAAACCUCCUGGAGCAGGAAAGAGAAAGACUGAAGAGGUUGCUUGAAAACGAAAAAGCCUAUCAAGCAAGGAAGGAGAAGGAGCACUCCAAGCGUCUGGCCAAAGUGCGAGAGGAGCUGGUGAAGCUAAAGUCCUUUGCAUUGAUGUUGGUCACUGAACGGCAACAGCACCUUGAGCAAAUGGACCAACAGAGCCAACGGGUUCAAGAGAUCAGCCUGGAGCUCCAGCAGCGGGACCAUGCACUUAAUGAAGCCAAAGAGCGUGCUCAGGAGGAUGGUCAUAGAGUGCAAAGCCUAGAGGCUGAGCUAAAGGAGAAAUCUUGUAGGAUCACCCAACAGCAUGAAGAGAUGAGUGCCAAGCUGUCCAGUCAGGAGCUCCACAAUCGUCAGCUUAAUGUCAAAGUUUUGGAGCUUACACACAAAGUGGAGGAGCUAGAAGAAAGCAACAAGACCUUGAGAAAAUCUGAUGAGGAAAUGCAAGAGUUAAGGGAGAGCAUCAGCAAAGGGGAGUAUGGCAGCUCUAACUUGAUUGUUGAGUUGGAAAACCUGCGAAAGAGAGUGCAUGAGAUGGAAGGAAAGGAUGAAGAGAUAACAAAGACAGAGAAUCAAUGUAAAGAGCUAAGAAAGAGACUAGAAGAGGAGAAUAGUAAGAGCAAAGACCUAAGGCUGGAAGUAGAGAGGCUUCAAAACAGAAUGAUGGAUUUGGAAAAACUGGAGGAAGCAUUCAGUGUUAGCAAAGCAGAGUGUGCACAGAUACAAACUGCUUUAGAAAGAGAGAAAGACCUGACCAAAGAGCUUUCAGAUGAGGUUGUAGCUCUCAAAAUUCGAAUGAAGGAGCUUGAGUCAUCAGAACUCAAACUGGAAAAGUGUGAGCUAACACUUAAGGAUGACCUGCGAAAGCUUAAGUCCCUGACAGCUGCACUAAUGGAUGAACGAAAGACACUGGUGGAAAAAGUAAAGUCAGAGGAAAAGAAAAGAGAGGAUUUGAGCAAGGUUGUUAAACUUGAGCAGGGUCGGGUGAUGGAGGUGACCGAAAAACUGAUAGAAGAGAGCAAAAGGUUUCUCAAAUUAAAAUCUGAGAUGGAAUCCAAAGUUGAAACUUUAACCAAAGAGAAAGGGGAGCUCAGUACUAAGCUAGCUUGUCAAACUGAUCAAACUGAGGAUCUUACUUUCAAGAUAACCCAAAUGAAAAGGAGGCUAGACAUGCUUGAACAAGAAGAAAAGCUAUCUGCGAGGAAUUCAGUUAUGUGUGAUCUAGGAAAAAUCACUGAUCCUGAAGGGAAAGAGAACAACAAAGUUAAAGAGUUAACAUUUGAAAUAGAAAGUUUAAAAAACCGUCUGAAACAACUGGAAGUAGUCGAGGGAGACUUGAUUAAGACAGAGGACCAGUAUGAUAUUUUAGAGAAGAGGUUCAUGACUGAACAGGAAAAAGCAAAUGAUCUUUACCAGCAAGUGGAAGAAAUGAAGAAUCAGAUUGCACGGAACAAAGCUAUUGAAAAAGGGGAAGAAGAAAGCAGAGAAGAAGACCUUCGACAGAGAUGCAAAAGAGAGGAGGUCAAAACUAGAGAACUACAAGCUGAUGUGAUAGCUCUCAAGGAGAAGAUCCAUGAACUGAUGCACAAAGAAGACCAGCUAUCUCAGCUUCAAGUGGACUUCUCUGUAUUACAACAAAGAUUCUUAGAAGAGGAAGAGAAGGCCAAGAACAUGGGCAUGGAGGUUUUUCAUCUCACCAAAGAACUAGAGUUAACUAAGCGCCAAAGCCGGGCACUUCGACCCAGCUUAAAUGGAAGGAGAAUAGUGGAUGUGGCUAUCACAUCCACUGCAGUGCAGACAGAGCCAUCACCUACUGAAUCAGGAGAGGAAGAUACACCAGCUGUGUUUAUCAGGAAGUCUGUUCAAGAAGAGAAUCACAUCAUGAAUAACAUCCGACAGAAAUGUCUGAAGAAGCCUGAAAAAGGUAAUGCAGUUGAGCGAUGCUCUUCAUCUAGUGGUGAUUUUAGUAUUAAAAAAUCCUGGAUUCCUUGGAUGAGGAAAAAGGACAACACUCCUCAAGAGCCCAACAUGGAAAAGCCUCUCAUUAUCAAUGGGGAAUCAGUUUCUUCUAAAUUGACCAUGCCUCAAAACCAAGGGCACCCUUUACACAUUCGGGUAACACCCGAUCACCACAACAACACGGCCACACUGGAAAUCAGCAGUCCAACCGCUGAUCAAAUUUUUCCAAAUGCAGCUCCCCUUAGCCCUAACCCAUCUCAACCAAAAUCCAGAAUUACUAUCAUUCCCACCUACUCUGUGCCAACCACCCGAAGAAAGACUCCUACUGGAUCUCAAGGCCCUGCAAGAGCCAAGUCCCCAGUCACAAUCACAACCAUAUCUAGGGCCAAAUCUCCAGAAACUAUCCGGAACUCUUCUUCUACCUCAUUAAGGCCCCUUUCCCCAGUUUCGGUUAUGACAGUGAGCACUGCUGUAGUGCCUGAUACAUCUGCCUCCCCAGAGCCCCAGGAGAUGACCAUGGGCCGGGCUGUGUUCAAGGUUACUCCUGAGAAGCAGAUGGUCCCAAUUCCUAUCAGAAAGGGCCACAACAAUGCAAACAUCAUCACCUCUACAGAUGAAAACAAGAUUCAUAUUCAUCUAGGUAACAGUAUCUCCCCAAAGAUGGUAGUCAGACCAGUAGCUAGUGUAGCAGAAAGCAAAGAACUGACCCUGUCAACGGGGACAGUUUUGCGUUCACCUCGCCAGAUCACCACAACUGCUACCAGGAAUGUGCAGAGUAAAGUGACAAGCAGCAUUACAAUAUCCAAUGUGACAUCCACGACUUCAAGAUCCAUCCAAAGCACGAUUGGCCAUGAUGUCCAGUCACCUCGCACAGGACUUACCCGUAUACCAAUGUCCAAGAGCCUCAAGACAGGAAAAACUGCAUUAGGAUCCACAGGAAUCUCAAGUGGAAUGAAAGUUGAGACUCGGACAGAAAGUCAGUCCAUGAGGGUUGAGGUCAAAAAAUCUGCUGUGAAUAGCAAUACAUCACACAAUGGAGGGAAAUUGUGAAAAUACAAAUUGAAGGGUCUGGUGAUAAGUCACUCAGAUAAAAAUCCUUAAUUUUCCAACAAAAAA